AUGGAAUGGCUGCCCACAGACCAGAGCUCGGGUCGAGUGAAUCCUGAUGUGAGCUGUGAGGCCUGCAGUAGCACUGGUGGAUGCCCAGGGGGAGAGUCUGCAUUGGCAAGCAAGCAACCUUUGCGGUCAGUGCUGCUGGCUUGUCGCCGUCCAGGUUCCCACGAAGAUGACGCCAGUCUCAGUGGCGCUGUGGAGGUGCGGCACCUGCCACCAGGUGUGUUGGUGCAGCUGGUGCCUCAGGACGAGAACCACUUCCACCUGGAAACGGCCGACACCCAAAGCGUGCUUUCUCUCUACGUCCAGAAGGACUUCAGGUACUUCUUGCAGCACCCGUAUGCGCGGCUCUUUGUGUCAUACUUGUGGUUUCGCAAUUUCCUGGUGUUUGCCGAGGACCCCAUCUCGCACAGCCGCGCCGAGAGCGAGAUCCCGGUGUUUGGCAACGUCUUCUCCUUUGUCUGCACCAAGUACCCGCCCGAGUGGGGCUGGCGGUGUGCCAAGGUGUUGCUGUGGCUCCUAGCCCUCUGCGGCCUCGUCUGUGGCAAAUACUUCAUCCACCACUUUCUGCUCCGCAACUUGUUUCGGCUGAAGAUGUUUCGUGAAGAGCAAGGCACCUGGAUGAUAAUGCUGCUGACGGUGCUGGUGUUUGUGUACAUGCUGUCACUGGUGUACAACGCGCUGCUGCUAAGCGGCCACCCGCGGCCCGACCAGUUUCGUAUCAAUGCGCUCAUGGGUGUCACCAAUGCCAGCUUCAUGAAAGUGGCGGCCUGUGGAACCUGGCUGGGCGACUUCCUCACUGCAUGGAUGGUGACCGACAUGAUGCUCCAGGAUGAGCUGUAUCCCAGCUGGGCGCCUGCCUUGCGUGCCUUCUGGCAGAGCCACGGUCGCACUCGCAUUGUUGUCUUCUGGUCCGUGUCGCUGCUGCUGUCUGCUGUCGUGAUCAGCCUGAUCGUGAGCGACCACAUUUCGUGGGACUACCUGAACCGCGAGUUCGUGGCCACCACCGAGCUGUCUCGUGCCUUCCUCGCCUCCUUCAUCCUCGUCAUGGACCUGCUCAUCGUCAUGCAGGACUGGGACUUUCCGCACUUUGUGUGCGACCUGAACAUCAAACUGCCUGGUUUGCAUGCGGCCUCCUUCAAGUACCACAUGUUCCAGAAGUAUGUCCACUUGCCCGAGAUUGUCUUCCACAUUAGCGGCAAGUGGUUCAACUAUGGCAUCAUUGUGGUGGUGAUGCUACUGGACCUUAACAUGUGGAAAAACCAGAUCUUCUACCAGCCAGAGGACUAUGGCCAAUACACUGGUUUCGACAACAAGGUGCGCACCGUGGUCAACUAUGCCACAUUAGCUCUACAGGGAGAUGGUGUAAUUUUUUAG